AUGCAUAAUCUUAGAGAAAAAGAAGCUAAGAAUAAUAAAAAUAAGGAGGACUUAAAUGGUCUAUAUCAUACCCCGAAUUCAGAAAACCAUUUGAAAACAAAUAAAGAAAAACAGCUCCAUAGUAGCAGCAACAAUUACAAAUAUAUUCGAGAUAAUCAAAAUAAUUUAGUCGAUUAUUUAAGUUAUAAUAAUUACAUAUUUAGUAACUGUAAUGGAAAUUAUAACUCACGAAAGACAUAUUAUAAUAAAAAUUUGAAUAACAGGUAUCAUAAAAUGUAUUAUAAUAAUGGAAAUGAGCAUGAUUAUAUGGGAAGAAAUAAAAAUUAUAAUAACAACAAUAAUAUUAUCAAAGAUGGAAUUGGAUAUGAAAAAUUCAAUAGACGAAAUUAUCAGAACAAUAACAAUUGCUAUUAUAAUAAUGUAGACAAUAAUAAUGAGCACAAAACAAUGGCGAAUGGAUUGUUACCUCCCAAACAUAAAAACGAGCUUGAUAAAUGCCAAAUUAAUACUACAGCUGAAAAUGAAUUAAAUAAUAAAAAAUUUAAAGAUAUUGAUAAAAAAAAUAGCCAUCAAAAUAUAGUGAAAAAAGGAAAUAAUCGAACGCGUAAAAAUAACUUCAUUUCAUUGGUACCACCCCAAAAUAAUGAUAAUGAUUGCAAUGUAGAAAAUCAAAUUAUUCCACCUGAAAAUGAAAAUACCUUUAUAGAAAAAAAAAAAAAAAAUUAUGGCCGAUAUAAAAAUAAUUGUAAAAAUAGUUAUUCCUAUAAUUCGAAUAAUAACAAAGGUCAUAUAUAUUUUAACGAGAGCUAUAACAUUCCCGAAAAUUAUAACUACACAAGAUACAAUAAUAACGCUGGAAAUGACUCAUUUAGUUACAGAAAUAAUCAUGUUAAUACUGGGCAUACUAAAAGUAGAAAUACUACUUCGAAUUAUAACAACGUCCCUGAUAUAAUAGGAAAAAAUGGUGCUAGUAAAAGUGAAAAUAUAAAAUGUGAUACUCCAAGUAAUAUAAAGUUUAAUGGAAACAACAAUGGUAACUUUUAUAAUACUACAAAUAAUAUUAACGAUUAUAAUUUAUGCAUUAAUGGAUAUAAUAAUACUAAAAAUAGUUUUGAUUUAUUUGUUCCCAGCAAAAAAAAUUCAGUGGAAUAUAACUAUAACUCUAAAAAAAAUAUGUCUAAUGGUGUUGGGGCAAAUAGUGAAAUAUGUUGCGAUAAAGACAAAAGUAUGGGUUUUGAUUUGAAUAAAAAUAAUGUCAGCUGCCAAAAUAAAGAACAAAAUAAUAAUAUUGAAAAAAACGCAAAAAAUAAUAUGACGACACAGAAAGAGCCCAUUUGGAAUACUUCUGCUUAUCAAAAGGACAAAAUAAAUAUACAAAAAAGUGGAGAAUGUGUAAAGGAAAAACCGAUUACUAUUGCGAAAUUAGACGAAAAUGUAGCGAAGGAAAUUCAAGCUAAUAAUGGCAAUAAUGAUGGUAAUAAUGGUAAUAAUAAUGGUAAUAAUAAUGAUGGUAAUAAUGGUGGUAAUAAUGGUAAUAAUAAUGAUGGUAAUAAUGGUGGUAAUAAUGAUGGUAAUAAUGGUGGUAAUAAUGAUGGUAAUAAUGGCAAUAAUGCCAGGAUGAAUAUUAAUAAUGGUUAUCAAUAUCCUGAUGCAAAUCAUGAAGAGAAUGGAAAAUAUAAUAAUGGAAACAAUUCAAAGUUUGUAUUUAAUAAAAAUAAUUAUGGAAAAAAAAAUACUUCAAUUAAGUAUUAUAGCAAUGCAUACAAUUUUAAUUAUCGCAAUAACGCAAACACUAGGUAUUCCAGAAGGAAGCACAUAUCAUAUGAUAACAACGAUGGUAACUAUAAUGGUAAUUAUUAUUAUAAAAAGUUAGACAUUGAUUGUAAAAUUAAAGAAGCAUGUAAAGAUAGUAAUGAUAGAGAAAAUUAUAACAUCGAAUUAAGUUGCAUUGAUGAAAAAAACAAAAAAUCGGAAAGUAACAAAGUAGAUAUAAAGCUUGUCGUGGAAAAUGGUGAUACCAAUAUUUUGGACGACAAUGCUUGUAAUUCAAAAUUAAAAGAUAAUGAAUUUGUGAUAAAUGAAAAAAAUGAAAAAAUUAGUAAAAAUCAGAAUACCGAAUCUUAUAAUAGUAGUAAUAAUAAUGAUAAACAAAACAAUGUAAAUGCAAUUAACGACCACGGCGAGCAUGAGAAUGAAAAAGAAGAAAGUAUCAAAAUAAAUAAUCUUCCCCAAUCCACAAAAAACAUAGAAUGCCAAUUAGAAAAAAUUCCUAAAAAUGCUCCAAUUUUAGUUAAAAAUUAUUUGGAUUAUAGUAUUUAUAAUAAGAAAAAUAAUGAAGAGGAAAAUAGCAAUCAAAACAUUAGUCUCAUCGAUAUGGUCGACAAUCUUUGUGUGUCUACUUUAAAAAAUAAUAAUAAUUCCUUAUAUAAUUCAAAUAAAAGAAAAAAUUCGAAAUUUUCUAAAAAUAAAAUGGAUAUUACGAAAAUGAAAAAUAUUUCUUUGAAUACAAAUAAAAAACAAAUUGAAAUGAAUCAUAUAAAAAACGAUACUCUGAACAUCCCUGAAAAUAAAUACAAUGAUAAUGAUGUUUUAUUUUUGGAAAAAAAUGAUGAUACUAAUAGUGAACAAGGUAUAUUUACAAUUUUUUCAGAUUUAGGAAAUGAUUAUACAGUAUUUGAUAUAAAAAAAGAGUCAACUCAAAGUACGGUUAUGAUAUGCUCAUCUGAUGGGAAAGGUGCACUGAAUAAAACUGAAGAAUCUUUUAUUCAAUUUGGAUAUGUUGGAAAUGAAAAUAUGAACAAUUUUUUCAAUAAAUCUGCCAGUAUAAAUAAUAGAAAUAUCAGCAUUGAUAGUAAAAAAACGGGAUGCAUACAAAAUGAGACGUUGGACUGCUAUAAAUCAGAAUUGCCAUAUUUUAAAGAAAACAAUGCUUUCUGUAAAGGCGAUAAAAAAAAUACUACUUCUUAUACAAAUAAAUCCCGUUGUUCUUUAGCUAAAUCUGGAGAUAAUUUUAUAGAAAUGAAGAAAAAAGAAGUUAUUUGUGCAAAUGAGAAAAAACGGAAAAACCGAAAAAAACGAAAAAAUAUUUUAAAAAAUGUGAAAAAUAUUACUUCGAACAAUGAACCCAAAUCAAGUAAAAUAAAUAAAGCACUUUCUUUUCCAGAAAAUUAUCAAGAAACAGAAAUGAGAGAUAAUAAUGUUGGAGAAAAUGACAUUUGUAACGAUAAAAAAAUAAUACAAAAACAGCGCGUCAUCCAUAAUAGGUCUCAAUCAGAAAACAUAUAUAAUUGUAAAGAUAAUUAUAUUAAAAAUUUAGAAGUAUCCAUGACAAAACCUCAUAUGAGAAAUUUUAUGCAAUCAGUAAACACUGAAAAAUUUAAAAGUGUAUUAAAUAAAUAUAUAUAUAAUUGUGACAGUAAUAUAAAUGAUGAAGAAACUUUGUUUUCGUGUGAUAAUACCACAAUUGGUAAUGAUGAAUCCGAAAAAAAAAUCCUAGAUAAAUAUGUGCAUAAAGAAAUUGGCCAGACUGAAUUAAAAAUAAGUUUACCACAUGUAGUAACUUACUCAUCGAGUUUAAAUAAUAAUUUAGAAAACCAAAAGGAAAGAUUAUAUGGUUACAACGUUAAAUCAGAUAAAUGUGCAUUAAAUUACGAGGAUUCUAACAAAAGCAAUGUUGCACAUGUUGUAAAUACUGAGUCUCAUUUUGAUAAUCCUAACAAAAAUUAUGAAAAAAAAUCUGUGGAUAAUGAUAUACACAACAUUAUAAAUAAGAAUAUCUCUUUAAAAAAAACAGAAAAUUUAAUUAAUCACACUUUUUACAACUUUAAUGGGGAGUUUAAUUUCGAUUAUAAUAUUAAAACACAUAAUACAUUUCUUUGUAUAUAUAACGAAAGACAAAAUAUUGAGGAACCAAAUUAUAAAAUAAACAAUAAAAAUAAUAUCAAUGAAAAAGAUAACACACAUUUCGGCUUAGCUCCCAUUUUUUCGGACGCAAAAACUAAGCAUACUUUAUUGAAGAUGAAAGAGUCUCCAAAUGUCAUUGACGGUAAGGGUUAUGAAGAGAAUGAUAAAAUAAGUCACCUAAAAUACAACAAAAACCGAAAAAAUUAUAACUAUGAGUCUCAAAAAUGCCAUAGCAAAAACAACUUAAAAAUCAAUUGUGAUAGAAACACUAGUAAUGGUAAAAAAGUUCGGAAUAAUAGAAACAAUAGCAUUAACUUUAUGGUAGGGGACUUGAAUGAUUCUCAUCAUCAAAAAAAAUUAAAUUCUAAAAAAUUGAACAUUAGUUAUAACGAAAAAGGUGAUUUAAAAAAUUAUUUAGCGAUAGAAAGCGAGUCUAUUGGAAAGAAUAAGGUUUAUAUUAAUAAUACGGAUAUUAAUCGUGUUAAUAAUGUUUAUAUUGAAAAUCAGGAAAAUAAAAAAAAUAUGAAUGUAAAUAAUAAUAUAUAUUUAAAAAAUAACCAGAACAAUAGUAAUACAAAUAACUUAAAUUAUUACAAUAAUAUAGGUGUCGAGUUUAAUGCGAAUCGAUAUUAUAAUAAAUUUAAUAAUAACCAUGUUGUAAAUUCAAAUACUAAUGUGAACAAAAAUUGGGAAGGAAAAUAUUCGAAUCAUCACAUAGGAGCGGCAUCUUUUGCAGGCGAGAUAUUAAAGACUCAUAAUUUUGAUACACAUAAAGAAAUAAACAACGAAAUUAACAAUGAAGAUAAUGGUAUAUAUAUACCACCAUAUGGUGGGAAUGGUGGAAAUAAUAAUUUUUGUAACAAUUAUAAUUUUAAUAGUUCAAACAAUUUCGGGAAUUGUGAUAAUUACACCAAUGUUUCAUAUAAUUGUAAUACCACACCAUACAAUUAUAAAAGUUACAAUUACUCUGUCGAAGGGAACAACAAUUGUAAAAAUAUGAAUAGCCGUUAUCAUGAGGUGAACAAAAAUAUAUACAACUAUAGUGGUAAUGCUAAUAGAAAGUAUUUAAAUAACAUAAACCGAAAUGGAGAUAAAGAAAAUAGUGGUUAUUUUUUUAAUAAUACAAAAUAUUCUGGUAUAAAUAAUUAUGAAAAUGUAGCUAACACUUCUUCUUUCAUUGACAAUGAUAAUUAUAUAAAUCAUAAUAAAAGUAACAACAAUGGAAGUGGUGCAAAUUUUAAUCGUAAUUCACGAGGUAAUGGAAAUUCAGAUGAUCUAUCAACCCCUGAUUUUGUUAAAAGUUGUGGAAAAAAUGGAAAUGAUAUGAAUUGUAUAGCCAAAUAUUCUGGGAAGGGUAAUUCUACCAACUAUGAUCAUGAAAAUUAUACGAAAAACUGGAAUGGCACAUUCAACUAUCGUAACAAUUACAAAAUGAAGACAAACUAUCGUUUUGAUAAUAAUUAUAUGGAUACACGCCGAAAAAAUUCACCAAAUAAUAUAAAAAAAAAUGUGAAAAAAAUAUGGAAUAACCAAAAAAAUGCUGAUGAAAGUGAAGAAAAAUAUCAGGUUGUUAAAAAGUAUAAUAUAUAUAAUAGUUUUACAAAUCCGGGUAGUAAUAAAGAUGAUUCAACUAUGCUUAGUUAUGGUCAUACUGAAAUGAGCGCAUUACCAAAACAUAAUAUUUCGAUAAAUGAAAAAAAAAAUAAUAAUAAUAAUAAUAAUAAUAAUAAUAAUAAUAAUAAUAAUAAUAAUAAUAAUAAUAAUAAUAAUAAUAAUAAUAAAGAUAUCAAUGAUAAUAGAACAGUUAAAAUUUUUAGGGAAACAAAAAAUGAUAUUGGUAAGCAUACUAUAGUUGAGGAGCAUGGAAAGGGAAUGACCAUAUUUAAUACAAAAAAUAAUAAUAGUAAUAAUAAUGAAAAUAGAAAAAUAAGCUAUAAUAAGCAUAGAGAUGAACAAAAUUGUUAUAAUUCGAAUGAAAAUGAGUUAAACAAGGUGAAACAAGACGUUGGAAGCAACUUUGAUAAAACUGUAGUAAACGAUAUGAUGAACAAAGCAGAAGACGAUGAAAACAAUUUUAAAGAAAGAAAUAAAAAAGAUGUUAAAAAAAUUAUUAAUACAGUAAAAAAUGAUAAUAAAGUUAAUGAAACAUAUAAUAGAAAUAGAAAAUUUGGGGGGGUGAUAAAUAAUAAUUAUAAAAAAAUUUUAAUAAAAAAAAAUAAAUUAGACGGUGAAAAUUCGAACAACAUAACAAUUAAUGAAGAAGAUAAUAAAUUGCUGAUUUAUAAAAAUAAUAAAGAAGAUUGUACAAAUAAAAAAGUGGGAAUAGAUAGUGGUGAUGUAGGCAGUUGGCAAUGUUAUAGAAAUGAUAAUGUAAACCCAAAUAAUUCUUCCCAAGUUAGUGUAAAAAAAAGUAAUAAAGGAUAUUCUUUAUAUAAUAAAACAUAUUUUAAACAAAAUGCAAAAAAAAAUGAGAAUAUUUUAUUUAAUAAUGGCUCAUAUGCUACUUCUAGUGGUAAAAAUUGUUCACCUCUUUCAAAAAAUAAUAAAAGUAAUAAUAAUAACUUUAAUUUUUUAAAAAAGAAAAAGAAUGAUAAUGUAAUAAUUUUGGAUGAAGAAAAACAAAAAGUAGAUGCAGGUUGUUCAGGCAAUGUUGUGGAUCAGAAAAAGGUUCCCAAUGUUGGAAUGAAAGAUAAUGGGUCCUAUCUCAAUGAAAACACACUUUGUAAUAAUAAGUUAACGAUAUACCCUGACAAAUCCUCGAAAGAUAGUAUUAAUGGUUAUGCAAAUAAUAUCGAAAUUCAUAGCGUUUUUUACAAAGGUAGUUAUAACAGAAAAAACAGUUCCAAUAAGAAUGACCCCGAUGCUAGCAAUUUUACUGUAAAAAAAAUAUAA